AUGCCUACUACCGUAAUUUACCCGACUGAAUUGCCUAUUAUUGAAAAAAAACCAUUCGCUCUCCGAUUCACAACCCCAAUCAAACCCAGUCCUGAUGCAAAGUGCAGAGAGAAGGAGAGAGAAGCACUCCUGAACUUCAAACAAAGCCUCGUAGAUGACCAUGGCAUACUCUCUACAUGGACUCACCAUCAAAAUAAUACAGAUUGCUGCACUUGGGAAGGCAUUCAAUGCAACCAUCAAACUGGUCAUGUCCAUCUACUUGAUCUCCAUGGCUACAAUUCACAUUAUUUGAAAGGUGCAAUCAAUCUCUCCUCAUUGAUUCACUUGCAAUACAUUCAACAUCUGGACCUCAGUUAUAAUGAUUUUCUGUGGAAUCGCAUCCCAGAAGCCAUUGGCUCUUUCACCAAUUUAAAAUAUCUCAACCUCUCAUUUUGUGCAUUUGGUGGGAGGAUUCCUUUUCAACUUGGAAACCUUUCACUUCUAAGGUAUCUAGACCUUGGAGGAAAUCUUCUUCUGGGACCAGUUCCAUUUCAGAUUGGGAAUCUUAGACACUUAAAAUAUCUUGACCUUGGAGGGAAUUAUCUAUCAGGAGAAAUCCCAUUCCAACUUACGAAUCUCAAGCAGCUACAAUAUCUUAAUCUUGGAGACAAUUCUCUGUCCGGAGCCAUCCCAUUUCAACUUGGGAAUCUCACGCGACUACAUUAUCUUAAUCUUGCAGGUAACGCUCUUUCUGGAGCCAUCCCUUUUCGGAAUGAGAAUCUUCCCAACUUACAAACUCUUCGGUUAGGCGGUGAUUUCAAUAUAGAAGCUGAGGAUUCAGAGUGGUUGUCUAAUCUCCACUCCUUAACAACUCUAGAGUUGAGCUCAUUGCAUAAUCUCAGCACCUCGCGCCAUUGGCUACAAUCUAUCAAUGCGCUCAUUUCAAACUUAGUAGAGUUGAGGCUUGUUGACUGUUCUCUUUCAGAUACUAAUAUCAAAACUUUGUUUCCUUCUCAUUCCAACUUUUCAACUUCUCUUACUGUCCUUGAUCUGUCUUCUAAUGUGCUAACUUCCUCAACAUUUCAACUGUUAUUCAAUUUUAGCCUUCACCUACAAGAGCUUUAUCUUAGUGGUAAUGACAUUGCUUUUUCAUCUUUUCUUUAUCCAGAUUUUCCAUCUCUUAUUAUUCUUGAUCUCUCUUGGAAUAAUCUAACAUCAUUAAUUUUUGAAGCUAAUUUUAAUUUUGGCUCUAAACUACGAGUACUUUAUCUGUAUAACUGCAGUCUUACAGAUCGAAGUUUUCCUAUUUCCUCUGCUUCCACAAUUAAUUCUUCCUCUUCCCUUGUCAUACUCGAUCUCUCCUCAAAUCUAUUGAAAUCAUCUACUUUGUUUUACUGGCUUAUGAACUACACCACGAAUCUACAGACCCUUAAACUUCAUGGCAACAUGUUAGAAGGUCCCAUUCCAGAUGGAUUUGGAAAAGUAAUGAACUCUCUUGAACACUUUUUUGUCUCCAGCAACAGACUACAAGGCAAGAUUCCGUCUUUCUUUGGAAACAUGUGCAGAUUGCAGACCUUAGACCUUUCAGAUAACAAGUUGAAUGGGGAAAUUUCUCAUUUCUUUCAAAAUUCUUCAUGGUGCAAUAGACACGUAUUUAAAAGUUUGGAUUUAUCAUAUAACCAAAUUAAUGGCAAGAUACCUGAAAGCAUCAGAUUGUUAUCUCAAUUGGAGUGUUUAUACUUGGAUGGGAAUUCUUUAGAGGGUGAUGUCACUGAAUCUCAUCUUUCUAAUUUUUCCAAAUUAGAUCACUUAGACUUGUCACACAACACAUUGUCUCUAAGAUUUGUCUCAAGUUGGGUUCCUCCUUUUCAAGUAACAACAUUGAGUUUAGCAUCUUGCAAGCUAGGUCCGAGUUUUCCCCGUUGGCUCCAGACUCAGAAUUCCUUAAGGGAGCUAGAUAUAUCUGAUAACGAGCUUAAUGAUUCUGUACCAGCAUGGUUUUGGAACAAGUUGCAAAAUUUGGAAUGGUUAAACAUGUCUCACAAUAAUCUCAAUGGGGAAAUUCCUGAUAUACCAUUGAAGCUUCAUUACAGACCAUCUAUAAUUCUGAAUGCAAAUCAAUUUGAGGGUGCACUUCCAUCAUUUUUGCUGCAAGCUUCAGGGUUGUUCAUCUCUAAAAAUAAAUUUUCAGAUUUGUAUUCUUUCUUAUGUUACAAAAUCAUGGCACCGUAUUUGGUAACUUUAGAUUUAUCAAACAAUAAAAUAAAGGGACAAAUCCCGGAUUGUUGGCAAUCUUUAAACCAAUUACUAUUUCUUGAUUUGAGCAAGAAUGAGUUGUCUGGGAAUAUUCCCAUCUCCAUGGGGAACCUUUUUAAAUUAAAAGCGUUGGUUUUACGAAAGAAUAAUUUAACAGGUGAUCUGCCUUUCAAUUUGAAGAAUUGCACUAACUUAAUUAUGUUGGACGUGGGUGAAAAUAAGUUGUCUGGUCCAAUACCAUCAUGGAUUGGAGAAAGUAUGCAGCAAUUGAAAAUCUUGAACAUGCAAGGGAAUCACUUCUCUGAACAUUUUCCAAUUCAACUUUGUUAUUUAAGGCAUAUUCAAUUGUUGAAUCUCUCCAGGAAUAAGUUGUCAAAAGCAAUUCCAAGAUGCUUAAACAAUUUUACUGUCAUGUCUGAAAAGAGCAUCAACAUAACUGAAACUCAGCGCCUUAUAUACAGGUACGAUAUUUCUGAUUUGGAAAUCUAUGGUUUCUCCCCGUAUAUUUUUGGCUAUCGGCUUGACAUAACGUGGGUGUGGAAAGGUGCGGAACAGGAGUUCAAAAACCCCUUGAAUCUUAGGAAUAUUGAUCUUUCAUGUAACAAUUUAAGUGGUGAAAUACAAAAGAGAAACAAUUUGAAUGGAGAAAUUCCUUCUGAGAUUGGAAAUUUAAGUUCACUUGAAUCUCUUGACUUGUCAAGAAAUCAUUUGCAUGGGAGAAUUCCUUCUUCUCUCUCUCAACUUGAUUUCUUAGGAAAAUUGAACUUGUCGUACAACUCUCUUUCUGGAAGAAUUCCGUUGGGAAGACAUUUGCAGACCUUUGAAGGCUCUAGUUUUGAAGGAAAUAUUGAUCUUUGUGGUGAACAACUCAACAAAAGUUGUCCCGGAGACCAUCCGACAGCCAAGCUAAAAGAAGCAGUAGAAGGUGAUAGAGAUGAUUUUGUUUUCUAUGAAGCAUUAUACAUGAGCAUGGGUCUAGGAUUCUUUGUAGGAUUUUGGGUUGAGCAAAGCUACGCUAGCAGGUGGCUGGUUGUUGACGUUUUUGUGUGA